AUGACUGCAGCAAAGAAAACAUUUCCCAUGUGUGGUGCGACAUAUGUCGGCCAAGUCGAACAUGAAUUUAUGCACAGCAAAGGACUCGGAAUAUGUGCUAGUUGUAUGACGACUGGAAUGCAGAAGCCGUUGAGGCGUUGCAGUGGAUGUACCCUGGUUGACUAUUGCUCGAGAGAGUGCCAGAAGGAUCACUGGUCCAGGCACAAAGCUUUCUGCAAUUUAGCCCAAGGCAAGGGCUCCAAGAAGGCAUAUUUAUCAUCAUACGAACAUGACGAAGCUCUCCGCGUUAUUAUCGAUACUUAUCGCAUGAGAGUGGACACCGAUCAUUCUGCUCGAGAAGAGGAUCAUGGUAUUUACUACCCGGGCAAGUCAAUUGAUGGGUUGGUAUGGGCUAAAGGUGAUGCGACUGAGGACUUCCAAAAAUUCCUCGAUCUUGCUGACACGGCAGGCAUCCUGCCCAAGUGGUGGACAUUCGAGGACAGAAUGAAUUGUCUUGCCUGGGCGAUCAACAAAGACGAUCCAGAAAGUAUCUUUAAGCCUGUCGACCAGACGGAUAUUUUCACCAGAUAUGGUGGGGACACAGCUAUCCGUCAGGCUUUCCUAAUUCUUGCAGAACUAUGUGUAGGCUAUGACGGAAAAGGGCCUGCAAAGGAUGACACUUGGUUCCGGGAAUUCCAGGAGUACCUCGAUCUUCAUCCACAAGAACGGGCUCGAUUGAUAGCAGGAACUGUUGAUGCUGUGCGGGCCGCUCUGGAAGGUCCAGAAGGCGAAGAGACUGACUUGAAGAAACAAAUGAGAGAGGGGGAUGUGGAUGGUGUCACAAAAUCCUUGAAGGAGCUCUAG